AAUCUCAUCAUUGCCUACAAAUAUUAACAAAUCUCCGAUCUUCUCCGAAUAACUAAACGAUCGGAAAUGGCAACGAGAAAGCUUUUCGUGUUCCUCUUUUGUCUCCUUUUCGUGCUAGAAGUGACUAAUGCAUGGGGUAUAGAUAUAGGGUUCAUGAAUAGAAGGACAUACCCACAGAGUACUAUAAAUAUGGGGUACUAUAGGAGGACAUGCCCUAGAGCUGAGCUUAUUGCCCAUAAAACAGUUUACAACUAUGUCGCCAGGGACCCUACUCUUGCUGCUGGUUUGUUGAGAAUGUAUUUUCAUGAUUGUUUCGUUACGGGAUGCGAUGGUUCGGUGCUCUUACAAUCUACAGCGAAUAAUAAAGCUGAGAGAGAUGCAAUUCCAAACCUAACCUUAAAAGGCUUUAAUGUGAUUGAUGCUGUCAAAUCUGCACUCGAAAGGGAGUGUCCUGGAGUCGUUUCUUGUGCUGAUAUUCUCGCCUUAGCAGCUCGAGAUUCGGUUUUAAUGAUUGGAGGACCAUUUUGGGAUGUUCCUACUGGACGUAGAGAUGGAAGAACGUCCCUUGCUUCACAAGCUUCAGCAGAAUUACCAUCUCCUUUCGCUAACAUUGCCCAACUUAAACAAAAUUUUGCUGCCAAGGGUUUUAAUGCCAAAGAACUUGCGGUUUUAUCAGGAGGGCACACCAUUGGAACUGGACAUUGCUCUAUAAUCUCAAGCAGGCUAUACAAUUUCACGGGCAGAGGCGACACAGACCCGUCGUUGGAUCCGAUAUACGCAGCUCAGUUGAAGAAGAAGUGCUUACUUGGAGGAAGCUCAGCCGUAGUUGCUGAACUGGACCCUGGAAGCGUCAAAUCAUUUGAUGCAGCUUAUUAUUCUGUUGUAGCUAAUAAACGAGGGUUUUUCCAGUCCGACGCGGCUCUUCUUGACGAUUAUGAGACCCGAAGUUACGUAAAAUUUCAAUCAUUCAGCCGUGGAUCGACUUUUGGUAGGGAUUUUUCUAAAUCCAUGGAGAAAUUGGGUUAUCUUGGAGUUCUUACUGGUAGGCAAGGUGAAAUCAGGAAGACCUGUGCUUUUGUUAACAAAUGGUGAUGAUCCAUGCUUUGAUUUUAUUCCUUUAUUUUCAACUGUGAUUGAUUCUUGAUUUUUACUGAGUGCAACAAAGUUGCAUAUGUUUUUUUAUUCUUGUUUGACGCUUUCAUUACCAUUAAUUGUGUAAUCUCUUGGUUUCUUUUUUUCUCAUGUCACACAGGCAUGUAUGUUGUACUACUUAGUAAUUGGUUUGUUAUCUAUUAUACAUUAUUUUGAUUUA